AUGGAACGCCUUCCUCACACCCUGAAGGACGCUGACGAGCUCCUGAGAUUAUCCGACUUGCUGCAAGAGGCAGCUCUGACAAUCAAAGACGAAUGGGCCAAGGAGAAUUUCUCGUACCAAGAUGAGAGCAAAGACACAGCGCGCAUUCUACCUAGCCACAGGCUUUGGAACGCAGAGAGAACAAUCGAAGCGGUCACCGGAGCUAUAGUUGAACUUGUGGCUGAGCCUCAUCAGCGCAUCCAGCAAAUCUUGGCAGAGUUCAUGGAAUCGCGCGCGCUGUUCAUUGCCGCCGAGCGCAAAAUCCCUGACCUUCUCCACGGAGCGGGGCCUAAUGGGUUGGAUAUCCAGACAAUAUCCGAGAGAACUGGAAUUGAACGAAGAAAACUGGCGCGCAUAUUGAGAACCUUGUGUUCCAUUCACAUCUUCCGCGAGGUUGCAGAUAACCGAUUCGCGAACAACCGUAUCUCUGGAGCUUUGGUUGAUAAUCCAGGCUUGAGAGCUUAUGUGCAGCUAUUUGGACUGCAUAUCUACUCGUCGUCAGACCACUUUCCUCGUUACCUACUCGGUUCUACAGGUCACUCAUACAAGGUUGACGAGACAGCUUUUCACCGCGCCAUGGGGACAAACAAGCCGCUUUGGGAGUGGAUGACUGAAAAGCUUCUGCCUAGUCAAAUUGUCUCUGACGGUCCAGGCUACCCAGGUGUUCCAGAUCUGUCCGCUUGCAGUGAUUCUAGAGACGCACCAGGCGUGGUCAUUAAUCGACCGGAGCUUGAGAAUUUCGCUUUGGCCAUGGUAGCCGGCGGAAAGACGUCUGGUGCUGCCCACGCGUUCGAUUUCCCCUGGCUCGAGCUCGGGGAAGGUAUUGUGGUUGAUGUUGGUGGGGGCGUUGGAGGCUUCCCACUUCAACUGCUGAACGUCUACCCAAAGUUGAAGUUCGUCGUGCAAGAUCGUCCCGAGAAUGUCGAACGUGGCGAGCACAAGGUUUAUCCCAAGGAAGCGCCCGAUGCCGUCUCCAGCGGUCGCGUAACGUUUCAAGCGCACGAUUUCUUCCAACCGAACCCCGUAAAAAAUGCCGAUGUCUACUGGCUGCGUGGUAUCCUCCACGAUUGGUCCGAUGAUUACUGCGUCGCAAUUCUCAAGGCGAUAAAAACAGCUAUGGGUCCGAAGUCGCGUAUUCUCAUAUGUGAUCCCGUCAUGAAUACGACCUUUGGCUGCGCCGAGAUUCCUCCGGCUCCGAGUCCGCUACCUGCAAAUUAUGGAUACCAUGUACGGUACUGCCAUACUAGGGACCUUGCACUCAUGGCGACACUGAACGGUAUUGAGCGGACGCCCACCGAAUUCAAAGCUUUGUUGGAAAGUGCAGGACUCAGACUGCGAAAGUUUUGGGAGGUAAGAAGCAUGGUGGGCAUCACCGAAGCGGGGCUCAAUGAUGCAAGCGAUUAG